AUGAUGUGCUCAGCUAUCACACUCUGCACCAGCUCGUGCAGCUCAGACAGCCUGCAGCAGCAGCAAACAAAAAGGCAGCAGCAAAAACCUGCUGAGGGGGAGCAUGCUACGACUCACAAAGGUACAUCAACAGCAGCAGCAGCAGCAGCAGCAGCACCAACAGCAGCAGCAGCAACACCAGCACCAACAGCACCAGCAGCAGAGCAGCACCAACAACAACAACAGCAACAGCAGCACCAACAGCACCACCACCAGCAGCAACACUGA